AACCACAAAAGUAACGACGACUGCCUCCGAGGCGACGAAAUUUAAAAAAAUUUGGAUUGAUAUAUUAAAGGGAUCAGUGGUUUAACUAGAAAGCACUAUCUCUAUACUGUUUUAUGACUGUUUUAAUAGCAGAUUGGUAAAAUCAAGUUAGAAUGGGAGAUAAAUUACGUCAAGUUUUUUUUUCAGUAGUGCCCCUCCCGCACGCCGCUAAAUGUAUUUUCCGACAGUCGUAAGGUGGCAAAACUUAUUUUUGGCUUAUGACUCGAAGCAGCUUAUAAUUUUGUGUUAUUUCCAUUACCUAACCUAUCCUAAUAAAAUCGUUGAUUCUUCCCAUAUCACGUAGAUCAUACACACUACAUAAUUCUUUGCACUAUUGACACCGUUGACUCUGAUACAGAUUACGUGAUUGAUUAGCAUCUCAAACUAGACCACUUCGCUAUUCCAAAUUCUCAAAGAAGCAAGUCACUCAAAUGGAUAAACUACGGAGGGCCUUAAGCGGUGAUGAGCAGUGUGACGAAGAAAGUGGAAUCAUUACACAGAGGCAUGUAGAUUUUGUGGUUAUGGAUUCAACAACUCUGAGUUGGUCCACAAGAAUCAAAGGUUUUGCAGUUUGCUUCGUGAUUGGUAUUCUUUGUUCGUUCCUUGGAUCAUUUGCUUUAUUUUUAUAUCAUGGACUGACUGUGUUCGCUGUACUUUAUACUCUGGGAAACAUCAUCUCCUUAGCAAGCACGUGUUUUUUGAUGGGUCCAGUCAAUCAAAUCAAGAAAAUGUUCGCUGCUACAAGAGUGAUAGCAACAUUAUUGGUCCUCGUCUCUAUAGCGAUGACCCUAGUAGCAGCUCUAGCAUUUGAACGAGCAGGACUGGCUCUUAUUUUCAUAAUUAUACAGUCGUUAGCAUUGACCUGGUAUUCUCUAUCCUAUAUUCCAUAUGCCCGUGAUGCUGUGAAGAAAACAGUUGGAUCAUGUAUUACAUGAAGAACAAUACAACUUAAACAAAUUUAAUUGUAACACGUGUAAAUGUCUUAAAUAUUUUCGCAUACAAUACAUCUAAGGUGAUAAACAGAUAAUUCUUGACAAAGAAAAUAAAAGAUACAAAUGACACAAGGUGCAGUUGACUGCAUCAUUUUGAUGUUAAAAUAUCUACCAUAAAUAUGUUGAUAUCUACAUUUGGUUUCGUCGAUCCAAAAGUGAUUGGUUUGCCAUUUUUGAUGCACAUUGUAUUAUAAAAUGCUCUGAAACGAAAUUGUGAUACCUUCUUUUUUUUGUCCGCUGUAUAAUAACUUGUAAAUUGGAAGAAUUACUUUAAUAAUUACUUUCACACUAAUGUUAGCACAGAAUUUCAAUUUCAACUAUUUAUAUCAAUUCGCUUGCAAAAUGUGUGCCCAAGAAGCCUACAUGAUAUAGUUUAAAUAAUUGUAUACAUCAAUCAAUGAAAAUUUUCCUAUAGUUUUCUAGAAUUUCUUUGUAUUGUGACUUUUUUACGGUAAUUUUUAUACCUGAUGUAGAUAAUUGUAAAUGAUUAAAAAAUUAUGUAAUUUGAUAAUAAAUAUGCAAAAAUUGUUCAAGUAAAAAUUAAA